AUGUGCAAAGCACGAUUCAAUCGACGAUCAACGUUAUGGAAUCACAAACGAAUACACUCGGAUGAUAAGCCGUUUGAGUGCAAUGUUUGUCGAAUGACGUUCAAGUGGAAGAACUCGUUGAAGUGUCACAAAGAGAUGCAUCAACGCAAGAACGAGAUCACUGGCUUCGAAAAUGAUCCGAACGAAAAGACGCUCACCUACGCUACAGCUGCGAAACGCCGACAUUUAGAGGCUCAUGAGCUUGGUGGCACAGCAACGUCGAGUACGGAAUCGCUGCAGAACGGCGGGCCGUUGAUAACGACCACAACGUGUUCACUGAAGAAACGUGCCACGAAGUCGGCGCAUAGCCGAACUGCCCCACCAACACCUCAGAUCAACUCGAUCAUUCAUAACAAUUCUUUAUCUGCAGUUGACGGCUUCAUCCAUCCACCUUUACAGGCCGAUGGCUUCUUUGGUAGUCAGAAAGCACUGUCGAUAGGUGACCAUAAGGAACUGGAUUCGUUAUUGAACAGUACCACUCGAUUGUCGACAAUGCUCAAGGACGAUACAAUGUUCAAACCGAAUAUUUGUGAUGAUCUCAGCAGCUUCGGUGGUGCGAACGUGUUCGAUGCAAAGCAAGAAAUGAGCCUGUUCCAUACAAAUCCAUUCAUGGUAUUCGGGACGCAUCAACUGCAACCGAGUAUGCAGAAUUUCGCCCCUGCCAGCUUGCAGUUACCGAAUUCGAACGCGAGCUGUGGUGAUUAUUUUGGAACGCACGCAACGAAUCAGUCCGAUCAGCUGUCCUUAACCCAACCACAACAACCGAUCGCAGUUCAGCCAACGGCGCCACAGCCCUAUCACACGAUCACAUCCACUCAAAACGAUAUGAUCAUGAACCCGAAUGUCAUCACUUAUCAACCUCGUGCUGACACUCCAUCGUUGAUAGCGCCAACGAUUGACUAUUCAAUAACUCCGACGAAUCUCGACUAUAUGAUCGGAAAUUAUCCGCAAGCAACUCUACAAAACGGUACCCUAUUGGAUGUGCGCAACGGAAACGAGCAUAUUCAGUAUCCUCAAGCCCAGCAGAGCCAACAGCAAGCCCAACAACAACAACAGCAGCAGCAACAGCCCACCCAACCUCAUUCCACAUCGCAACAAUCCGAGACAAUCCGAGCGAGUGAACGGGCUGAUGAUGGAAAAGAAGUACCGCAAGUGUCAUGGUGA